AUGUAUAUGAAUGAGGAAGUUAGUGAACUUAAGAAAGAAAUAGAAGAACUAGAGCAUUUAUUGCAGGAUGAAGAGAAAUGUAGAGCUGCAAUCGCGAAGCUGAACCCCAACAAUAACAGGAGCCACGAAAGAAUAUUGGAAAUUAGUAUCACAGUAAAAGGAGAUGGACCGAUUGUGUUAGUUUUAGCUCCAACUUGUGAACUUGCUGUUCAAAUACAACAAGAAGCAACUAAAUUUGGCACAACUUCAAAGAUUAAGAAUACUUGCAUUUAUGGUGGGGUUCCAAAGGUUCCUCAAGUUCGUGAUUUACAGAAAGGUGUUCAUAUUAUCAUUGCUACACCUGGAAGAUUGAUUGAUAUGUUGGAGUCUCAUCAUACAAACCUGAGGAGGGUGACUUACCUUGUGUUGGAUGAGGCAUAUAGGAUGCUUGACAUGGGUUUUGAACCUCAAAUGAAAAAAAUUGUUUCACAGAUGCGACCAGAUUUUCAAACCUUUUAUUGGAGUGCUACAUGGCCAAAGGAAGUCGAACAACUUGCAAGACAGUUUCUUUACAACCCAUACAAAGUGGUUAUUAGUUCACAAGACUUAAAAGCUAACCAUUCGAUUCAGCAACAUGUUGAUAUUGUUACUCAGAAUCAAAAGUACAACAAAUUGGUGAAACUGUUGGAUGACAUCAUGGAUGGGAGUAGAAUUCUAAUUUUUAUGGACACGAAGAAAGGGUGUGACCAAAUCACCCGCCAGCUCAGAAUGGACGGGUGGCCCGCAUUAUCAAUCCAUGGAGAUAAAAGUCAAGCAGAAAGAGAUUAG